AUGUAUGAGAAAUUCAAUUUACAGCCAAAUCUUAAACCUAUCGACCAUUUAUAUGAACUGAGAUUAAGACAGUUCAUCAACACCGGUGGUCAAUAUCCUUCACUCAAUUUACCCAAGUUUUAUGAUUUAGAGAGGUUUGAUAUUCCAGAUUUGAAAGUUUGGAAGGUUCCUGACUCUCCUGAAGGUAAUGCUCCUACUGGUACUAAUCGUCCGUUAUUCAAAGAUAUCGAUUUUGACUCAAUUGAAUGGCAAAAUGCUAAGAAAGGAGAUAAUUUUGGUCCCAGUUGGAAAACUUUUUGGUUUAAAUUUACUAUCGAAAUUCCUGAAAAAUGGCUUAAAUUAGGUCAAGAAAUCGAUUUGGAAUGGGAUUGUAAUAAUGAAGGUAUGAUUUAUAAUGAAUCUGGUUUACCUUUACAAGCUUUUAGUGGAGGUGGUGAAAGAACAAUCUUCAAAUUUCCUGAUGAAUAUUUGACUGCAAAACCUCAAAUUUUUUAUUUGGAAAUCUCUUGUAAUGGUAUGUUUGGUAUUUCCCAAGAUGGUAACGUUGACCCUAACAGGUACUUCAAUUUGUCUAGGGCUGACGUCUUAUUACCCAAUUUGGAUGCAAGAGGUCUUUAUUAUGACUUUUGGAUCUUAUCUGAUGCGGCUCGUGAAUUACCAAGCGGUUGGCAAAAAUAUCAAGCCGCAGACAUUUGUAACAAGAUAAUGAAUACUUUUGAUCCCGAAGAUGUAGAAAGUAUUAAACCUUGUAGAGAAUUGGCAGCAACCUUGUUGAGUAAAGACAUUAGUUCAGAUAAAGUGUUCCUGGUCUUGCCUAAUGAAAAUUCAGCCAAUCCUAUUGAUGUCUAUGCUGUUGGUAAUUGUCAUAUCGAUACUGCUUGGUUAUGGCCGUUUGCUGAAACCAAAAGAAAAAUUGUUAGAUCUUGGACUUCCCAAAUUAAAAUUGCUGAAGAAUACCCUGAAUAUAUCUUUGUAGCAUCACAGAUGCAACAAUUCAAAUGGUUGAAGAUGUACCAUCCUGAGAUCUUCAAAAAAGUUAAAGAAAAGUUUACUACAAACCAAUUUUUACCCAUUGGGGGAUCUUGGGUUGAAAACGAUACCAAUUUACCCAACGGAGAGAGUUUAAUCCGUCAAUUUUUAUUAGGUCAAAGAUUUCAAAUCAAUGAAUUUGGUUUACCAUCCACGAUCUAUUGGUUACCUGAUACUUUCGGAUAUUCUUCACAAAUUCCUCAAAUUUGUCAAACUGCUGGUAUUGAAAAGUUUUUGACUCAGAAGCUUUCGUGGAAUAAUAUCAAUUCAUUCCCAUUGAGUACUUUCAAUUGGGCAGGUAUUGAUGGAUCUCAAGUUUUGGUUCAUAUGCCUCCUGCUAAUACUUAUACUGCUUUAGCUAAUUUCGGAGAUAUUGUUAGAUCACAACAUCAACACAAGAACAUGAGAGAUGUUCCAACUGGUUUGUUAUUGUAUGGAAGAGGAGACGGUGGAGGAGGUCCAACUGAAGAAAUGAUUGAAAAAAUCAGAAGAACAAGAGGUUUCGCUAAUAAAACCAAUGCUAUUCCUACGGCCCAUUUAGGUAAAACUGUAGAAGAUUUCUAUGAGGAUGUUAUGGAAAAGUCCAAUGGUGGUAACAGUUUACCAACAUGGAGAGGUGAAAUUUAUUUGGAAUUUCAUAGAGGUACUUAUACCACCCAAGCAGAUGUGAAAAAAUGGGUCAGACAAUUGGAAAUCAAAGUUCAUGACUUAGAAUACAUUGCAACUUUGGCAAGUGUCAAACAUGGUUACAAAUAUCCUGCAAAAGAGAUUCGUGAAAUUUGGGAAGAUUUAUGUCUUUGUCAAUUCCAUGACGUUAUUCCUGGUUCAUGUAUUGGAAUGGUUUAUUAUGACGAGGUCAAACCUAUGUUGAAAGACAAUUUGUUAAAAGCUGAAAAAUUAAUCGAUGAUACGUUAGAAUCAUUGAAAGGUGAAACAACAUUUUUCAACUCCUUACCUUGGGAAAGAAAUGAAUUGGUUGAAGUUGAAGGAUCGACCUUUAAUGACGUCAAAGCCACUAAGAUUAAUGAUAAGUAUUACAUGUCAGUGAAUUCCAGGAGUGGACCCAAUGAAAUCAAAUAUCCUGCUUCUGUUAGUAGUAAAGAAGGUAUCUAUACCCUUUCAAACGAAUUACUUAAAGCAGAAAUUGAUGAUAAUGGGGUUAUCAGAUCCAUCUAUGAUAUUAAAAAUGAUAGAGAAAUCAUUGAUACCACUGAAAAUAAACAAUCAAGUGGUGGAGGUAAUCAAUUAUUACUUUUCGAUGAUGAACCAUUAACAUUUGAAGCUUGGGAUACUGAAAUUUAUUCUUUGGAAAAGUUUAAAUUCUUAAAGGGUGGUAAAGUUACCAAUGUGACCAAUAAUUCCUUGAAAUCAUCAAUCACUGUUAAACAUGAAAUUUCCAAAGAAUCUUCCAUUGAGACAGAAAUCUCCAUUGAAGGAUUAUCAUCUGAAUUCAAUAGUAAUAAUUACAUCAAAUUCAAAUGUAAUGUUGAAUGGCAUGAAUUCUAUAAAUUCUUGAAAGUCCAGUUCCCAACCACUAUUUACACAGCCCAAGAAGCCAAUUAUGAAACUCAAUUUGGUAUCACCAAAAGACCAACUCAUUACAAUACUACUUGGGAUGCUGCAAAAUUUGAAGUUUGUCACCAUAAAUUCAUGGAUUUAUCCGAAUAUAAUUAUGGUGUUUCUGUGAUCAAUAAUUGUAAGUAUGGAGCAUCGAUUCAUGGUAAUUUAAUGAGGUUAUCAUUAUUAAGAUCACCAAAAGCCCCAGACAACAUUGCCGAUAUGGGCUCACACGAAUUUGAGUAUGCAAUUUACCCCCAUGCUGGUUAUUUAGGUGUUGAUACUGUCAAAUUGGCUUACAACUUUAAUUACAAAUUGGAUAAAUUAAUGAAGGGAGAUUUAACUGAUUUAGUUAAAAUCAAAUCCAAAUCUAUUAUUUUAUCCCAAUUGAAGAGAAGUGAAGAUGACGAAGAAAUUUCCCUUGAAGAAAAUAUAGCCACCAAAAAUAAAGGUUCAAAAUCAUUCAUUAUCAGAUGUUACGAAUCUUUAGGAGGAAAGGAUAAAGCCACUAUUACUGUUGAUUUGCCCAUUAGUAAGGUGUUGAAGGUUGACUCCUUGGAGAACAAGUUACUGGAAAUAGAAUUUUCAGGAAAUUCCUUCGAUAUUCAAUUAAGAGGAUUCGAGAUCACUUCCUACAAAGUUAUCUUAUGA